AUGAUGCGUGUCUUCCUCGUUCAGACAGCGCAGGGACUGACGCCUUCCUCGGGCGGCUACAAGGCCAACGUCAGCCUUCUGCGCAGCCUGAGCGACCAGGGCCAUGCGACCGCCCAAAUUUGCUAUGCUUUCGACCAUGAGAUUAACGAGUAUGCCGCUCGUGCCGAGGCCAAGGACAUAGAGCCCGGCAUGUCUAAAAAGAUUGUGCCCGUCGUCGACCCUAAUGGCAAAGCCUAUGAAAUUUUCGUGAAGACCUUCAUUGACGAGCACAAGGUCCACAAUCGUAACAAGUUGAGCAGCCGCAUGGAGACUCUCAUUGGUCUUUUCACUGAGCACAUCGACGAAUUCAAGCCGACCCAUGUCAUCUUCAACGACCCGAUUACCAUGAAGUUCACGGCUGACCAUCCCGACCGCGACACGUUCAAGCGGAUCAACAUCAUCCACACGGCCGAGCAGCUCCCUUUCGGUCCCUUCUGCGCGGGUGUCGAUGGCCACUGCCUGUCUCCCAAGGUUGAAAACAGAAUGUUGCGCGAACUGGAUGGCAUCUGGUCCGUCUCGAUGGCGGUCAAAGAGUAUGCCUGGAGAUACGGCCAGCUGCCGACCACCUUUCUGGUCCACCCUCCGAGCACCUAUCUCGAUCGGACGACCGGAGGCAUGCCCGUGGUCCGCAACAACAUUGACAAGGAGGAGAUUGGCAUGGUCAACCCCUGCCCUCACAAGGGUCUCUCGAUUCUGGUUGCGCUCGCCAAGAAGUUUCCUCACAUGAAGUUCGUCACCUGGAAGAGCUGGGGCUCCAGAACCGUGCACGUCCAGCAACUCCAGGCUCUCCCCAACGUGAAGAUUGAGCCCACCACUUCGAACACAGACGAAAUCUGGGACCGCAUCAAGGUCCUCCUCGCUCCCUCACUGUGGCACGAGGCCUGGGGCAUCGUCGUGACCGAGGCCCAGCUGCGCGGCAUUCCCGUUAUUGCGUCCAACGCCGGCGGUCUUCCCGAGGCCAAGAUCGGCUUGCCCUACUGCAUCCCCGUCAAGGAGGUCACCGGCGAGCGCCAUGUCAAUGGCGACUACGUGGUCCCCGAGCAGGACAUCACCCCCUGGGAGCAAGCUCUCGAGAAGACCAUGACCGACAGAGAGGAGUACCAGGCUCUCCAGGCCCUCACUGCCACCAGAGCCAGCGAGUGGCUCCGUGGCCUGGACCCCCGCGGCCACGAGAAGUGGCUCCUCUCCAUGAUGGAGACGAAGUAAGGACAGCAAGGUUGUGCAGCAGCCCUGGGUCACUUCGGCACCUUUUUCCCUAGCCCGCAUCGCGUGGCUCUUGUUCAUACUGGUUGCGAGGGCUGAGCCUGGUGCACCAAAGAUAGCAGUACACAAAAUGCUACAUAUCAGGUCGAUCUGGUUUGCAUGUAAUUGUCUAGUGGUAUGGAUUAUUGGUGAUGGCAUACCGUGUCUUAUUCAUGACAAUGUAGUUAAGGUAAGGG